UCUUGUAGCUGUGGACCGAGAUAACCCCCCUCAUCCCUGCCUGCCCCUGUGGUGGGAGGGAGGGAGAUUUAAGCCUCCUCCUUUGUUUGCCACAUUGGUUUCCAGUGCUCUGCCUUGACCACUUAGCGCUCUCUCUGAAUAGCUAUAGGUCGGGAGUAGUGGGCAGGAGCAUCAGAGAAGAGUUGGCGUGAGAACGGAACAGAACCACAGAAUAGAAGGCAAGAGGGAAAGAAAGCAUCUCGGAGGAAGAAAAUACUGCUGCCUGGUACCCCCCAGCAGAGAUAUCCGCCUAUUGUGCCCACACCACUCGUCGCCGAAGAAUUUCAGGCUUCAGUGGUGACAAGCUCAGGCAAUAAUGGGAAAGAGAGUGGGCCCCUUCUGAGAGAAAUUAUUGCAAGUGCAGAAAGCCAAGAUAUUUGAGAUGUGAUUCAGACCUGAGGAUGAAAAUGGGGGGUUGGGACAUUUGACUGCAAACAGAUUAGCACAUUUUUAAGGUUGGACAAGUGUUGAAGUGGCACCAUCCCAAUAAAUGGAUACUUAGCCCUGGGUUUCAAGGGUAAAAGAAGCUAAGUUCAUGCAUGAAAGCCAAAAUUGGCCUCCUUGCUUGUGGGAACUGCAUUUGGUCCCCUCAGGGGCAGAAAGUAUUGGAAAAUUAGUAGCAUAAGAGCAAAGUUCAGGUUCCCACUCCAUUCUACUUGGUAUUGACUAAGACCUGAGACAAUCACUUAAGUGUUUUUUAAUCUGCAUUAUGGGUUGUUAAAAUAAGAACAUGGCAGGUACUAAGUAAGUGCUUAUUAUGAAAAUUAUGAAUGAUAUGAUUCAAAUACAAAUGAAAUUAUGGGAAUUACCAUUAUAUCACAUUUUUUGGGCAAACCUAGCCCAAUCAUGGAUACUAUUUUUUUCAAUACUAUACCUUAUUCUAAAUAUGUUGGUUAUGAGUAGUCACUACCUAAAGAUUAAAUCACUAUUAGAAUCUGAUAUUGAUCACUGGAAUACAGUAUAACCUUUUAAUACAUUUGUAAAAACACAAUUCUAAAUAAAGAAAAUAGUCCCCUUUGUUAUGACUGGAUUAUACUAUAAUCAGAUUUUGGUGUUUUCAUGAGAUUAGGGAGGAGAAAGAAGAAAAGUGAAGAAAUAACUAAUGAAGCAGAAGAGCCCAUAUUAUUAUAAUUUAAUCUUUUAAAGGUUUUGUAUCCUUUUCCAAUUUUUUACCAUCCCAAGAGACAUUAAGAUAUGUUCCAUUUGCUAGAGCAGGAAGGGAAAUCUUGAAAGUCACACCUCCUUUUUUACCUAGGAUAACACCUCGCCUGAGGUAGACUUUGAAGAUGUCCUGAAAACGAGGGGGCGAAGAUGUUUAACAUGAGAUGAGGGAUGGCGGCCCUAGAUAGUAAGGCAUCAGGGAAGAUGGGAAUGCGAGCGGUAGUCUAUUACAUGACUACGACCAUCAUUGCCGUGGUGAUUGGCAUAAUCAUUGUCAUCAUCAUCCAUCCCGGGAAGGGCACAAAAGAAAACAUGCACAGAGAAGGCAAAAUUGUACAAGUGACAGCUGCAGACGCCUUCCUGGACUUGAUCAGGAAUAUGUUCCCUCCAAAUCUGGUGGAAGCUUGCUUUAAACAGUUUAAAACCAACUAUGAGAAGAGAAGCUUUAAAGUGCCCAUCCAGUCCAAUGAGACGCUCAUGGCUGCCGUGAUAAACAAUGUGUCGGAAGCCAUGGAGACUCUUACAAGGAUCACGGAGGAGUUGAUCCCAGUUCCAGGGUCUGUGAAUGGGGUCAAUGCCCUGGGACUAGUUGUCUUCUCCAUGUGCUUUGGACUUGUGAUUGGAAACAUGAAAGAGCAAGGGCAAGCCUUGAGAGAAUUCUUUGAUUCUCUUAAUGAAGCCAUCAUGAGAUUGGUAGCCGUGAUAAUGUGGUACGCCCCUCUGGGCAUCCUCUUCCUGAUUGCAGGGAAAAUUGUUGAGAUGGAAGACAUGGGAGUGAUUGGGGGGCAGCUUGCCAUGUACACAGUGACAGUCAUUGUCGGCCUGCUCAUUCAUGCGGUCAUCGUCCUGCCCCUCCUCUACUUCUUGGUAACACGGAAAAACCCUUGGGUUUUUAUUGGAGGGUUGCUGCAAGCACUCAUCACAGCUCUCGGAACCUCCUCCAGUUCUGCUACCCUACCCAUCACAUUCAAGUGCUUGGAAGAGAACAAUGGCGUGGACAAACGUGUCACCAGAUUCGUGCUCCCAGUGGGUGCCACCAUUAACAUGGAUGGGACCGCACUCUAUGAGGCUUUGGCUGCCAUUUUCAUCGCUCAAGUUAACAAUUUUGAACUGAACUUUGGACAGAUUAUUACAAUCAGCAUCACAGCCACAGCUGCCAGUAUUGGAGCAGCUGGGAUUCCUCAGGCUGGCCUGGUCACCAUGGUCAUUGUGCUGACGUCUGUGGGCCUGCCCACCGAUGACAUCACGCUCAUUAUCGCCGUGGACUGGUUCCUGGACCGCCUCCGCACCACCACCAACGUGCUGGGAGACUCCCUCGGAGCUGGCAUCGUGGAGCACUUGUCCCGGCACGAACUGAAGAACCGGGACAUCGAGAUGGGUAAUUCCGUGAUCGAAGAGAAUGAAAUGAAGAAACCCUAUCAGCUGAUUGCCCAGGAAAGCGAGACUGAGAAACCCACUGACAGUGAAACCAAGAUGUAGACUAGCACCAGAAAGGUUUUCUGGAGCAGCAGGUGUUCGCAAACCACUGUAAAAUGUUUCCAGCUGUUACAACUCAUUCUCUCCGGGAAGCCCCUUACCUCCCUUUUCCUGUACUCUGAUAGGAUUGGGAAGUAAUCGUCCAAAACCAAGGGGGGAUUUUGCGAGUCAGAUCAGAUCUUGCGAGUUUACGUGGCACACAGAACUGCAAAUGUGAUUUUUUUUUUUAAUAAGCUAAAGAGUCAAACGAAUAGUAGGCUUAAAGCGUGCUUUUAAAUCAACUUUCAAAAUUUAAAAAUCCUUCAGAAUGCAAUUCAGUUUUAGUAUCAAAACAACUUGAUAAACUACAAUCAGUUAUCAAUGGAAGAGUAGAAGGGUUUUUUUUCCCGUCUCUCUUCUGAUUUGUGUCCUGAUACAAAUACUAGCAGGCCACUAUGAAUACACACCUAGCACAGCUGUGAGGAGCCACAUGAAGUGAAAUUUCCAUGUGGCCGGGGGCAACUUAAUCUCAUUUCUAGGCCUCAGUGUUCUCAUCUGUAAAGUGGGUGAGUUCCCUGGAUGCCUUUAUGGUCUCUUCUAGCCCAAACAUCCUGUGACACCAUAGAAGAGCCUGCCCUCUAUUCCCCCUUGGAACAUCCUGUAGCAAGUAUCAUUCCAUGGAACAUGGGACUUUCAAAAAGGACACUUACUGGGAAUGAACUUUUCUAAGUAGGGGAGGGAUGGCUGUAUGGUUUACCAGGUCCUGUGUCCAAUGUCAGUUAUGCGAGUCACCAAGCUGGAGGCCAUUCCAGGAGUGGAAUUAUUCAUGAAACUCUGCUGAGUUCUUCCCAACGGGGGGGGGGGGGGGGGAGUAUUCCCUUCUUUCCUGCCCUUCCCAAACGGAAGGGACUGCUCUGGGAAGGAUGUCUCCCACCACUCCUCAACUGACCAUAGACUUUUAGAAAGUAAAAUAUAAGACUAGCAACUAGCAAGGGUGCUCGUAGUCUUACUACAGAACACUAAGUCUUACUACAGAGCCAGGUAGGAAAGAGUGGAGCAUGGUUGACAUUACAGAGAGGAUUUUUAAAACACCACGAUUAUAGAUCAUCUUUAAGGAAGAAUUUAAAAUGGAGAGGUUCAUUUUGUUUAACCUGAAAUACCUUUUGUCUUCAGUUCAAAAUCAUCCCCCAAGGAAGUCUGCUUAUCAAAAUAGAAGGUCACUUCUCAUAUCUAUUUUGAAGAAGCCAAAUGAAUGAGCUCUCUCUCUCUCUCUCUCAAUAGAGGUCCAGGAGCUGGGUGGGUGGUCUCUUAUUUGAAAAGGUUUUUGACUAUAAUCAAAAGUUCUUAGGAUGAGAGAAACAAGAUAUUUCUUUGUGUUGGAAUUCCACUUCCCAAAUCAUUGAAAGCCUUUAGCUGAACUGGGUUCAGUUUUAUUUUGUUUGUGUCCCUGAGAGAAAUGGUAGAAGAUGAAUCAGUAUAGAGACGCUGUCAAUGUGGUUCCAAGAGAAAACCAGCAGGGGCAUUAGUUUCAGGCGAGGCAGCUCCCAGGUUUAGAGGAGAUUAAUUUUUUUACCCCCUAAGGAGUAUUCACUCAAAGACAUGGAGUGGGAGCUGUCAGUACCAGCUGUGCUUGAGUUUCUGACUGAAAAUGGUGAAGAAUGGACUUAAUUAUGCUAACAGAUUGAAAACCUAGACAUACACUCUCCAAUACACAAUUAGAGAUGUUUUCUAUAUAGAUCAUGAGCGUUACGUGUGUACAAAAAAAGUUAACGUUAGGCUGUGGUGAAGUAACCGUUUAAUGCCAAGGCUCUAUUUGGGAAAUACAUUACAAAAGUUAAUAUCCGUGGCUGUCAUCUCAUGACACCAGUAGAGCAAAAAUUAAUCACGUCAAAUUAAUUCUGUUAUAUACAGUGUGAUCUUUUUUUUUUUAUAUACUAACCAUUUCUUAUGGAAAGCAAGUCCUCUUGGACGAUCCUCUCUCCAGCCCAUCACAGGCUCUGUAUACUCAUGCACCCAGUGUGGACUGAGAAGCAUUACUUUGUAGAUGUAUUUUCAAUAAAGAAAAGAAAUUAGUUUUACAUUAUAA